AUGUUGAAUUCAUUACAAAACCAAAAAGAAUUGAUAUUAAAACAUUGGAAUUAUAUAUCAUCAAGUCUAAUAUUUAUACUAGGAUUUUGUCUGAUUUCAUUUCAUUUGAAUAAUCAUAAUCAAAAUGAAAAACUAUUCAAGUACUUCAAUAAUACAAAUGAUUGGUCAAAUUUAUUUCAUUAUUCAUAUAAUUACAAUGUCAGUUCAUCCACACCAACUCUUUGUAUCAUUACCCGAAUAUAUGGACCACAAAUUUCAUAUUUUCCUAUAUUUGCCUUAGCAUUUCUUCAUACCGGUCUUGACAAUAUUCGCAUUUAUGUAGUCAAUACAGAUAGACGAACAGAUAUUCGACAACUUAAACAAACAAUUAACUUUCUCAAUAAAUUCGUAUCGCGUAGAGAUUAUAUUACUCUCCUUGAGUUAGGUGUACCACCUUUGAAAAAUGAGUAUGGUUAUGUUAUGACUGAUCGUGCACUUUCUUAUCUCUAUAAUCAAACGAAUAAUUUAUCGUCUUCAUGUCAAUAUAUCGUAGUGACAAAUGGAGAUAAUUUUUAUUCUCAAAUAUUUGGAAAAAGAAUUUUACCACAUAUGAAAGAUGGAAAGGAUAUUAUUGCUUGGGAUUUUGUUUCGCAUCAUUCUAAACCGCAGUAUAGAGAAAUUAUUUUUCAAACAAAACACGCAGCUCCUCAAAUAAUUGAUGAUGGUACUGGAAAAUGUACUCCAGUGGCACUUAAGGCUGGAUCAGCUGAUUUAGGAGCAAUUGCAUAUCGAUUAGAAUUUUUAAAAGAGCGCAAUCUUUACUUUAAACGAUCUGAUGGCAGUUAUUCAUCUAAUACAGAUGGAUAUUUUAUUGAACAGGCUGCUCUACGUACUCCAGCAUCAGUUAUUUUGAAACAAACUCUUUUUUUUCAUCAGUAA